AAUUCACUACUCCCUCCGUCCCUUUUUACAUGUCCCUUUUGAAAAAAAAAUUUGUCCCAAAUUACUUGUCCACUUCUCUUUUCAAAGCAACUUUUUGUAAGUUUUUUCAAAAUGUAACAACUUCCAAUGUUUGACUAGCAUAUAUAUAUACACAACUCUAUCUAAUUCAUCACAUUUAUUAGGGAUAUGUAUGAAAACAAGAUAUCCACCUAACAUUUUCUUAAGAUGCGUUAUUUUUUCAAAAGGGACAAGUAAAAGGGGACGGAGGGAGUAAUAAACAAAUUGUUGCAGCAAGCCUCGGGAUCGGUUUCAAGCCUCACCAGUCACCACCAUCGUGUAUCUGCCUGUUCAUAUCUACCUAUGAAUCAUUAUCAGGAUAUCAGUGCAGGAUUGCAACUAAUUGAUAGUGGACCCUUGGAAAGGUCAGCCAAUAUAAUUCCUAUGAAGAGGAGAUUCACCACAGUUGGAAGGAUGAUGGAGCCACAACUUAAAUCACGAAGACUAGUUGAUGAUGAUAGGAUUAGCAGUUUACCCGUUGAGUUGAUAUAUUGUAUUUUGGCACAUCUUCCAAUUCAUGAUGUGGCAAGAACAAGUAUUUUGUCAAGAACUUGGAGGAAUAUAUGGAAAACGCACACCCGCCUGAUUCUUGAUGACUCAUUUUCCUUGAAAGUGAGUUCUAAGAAAAGUGAAUCAUGCUUAUCUGCAUUUUCAGGAGCUGUUGAUAAGAUUUUGUUCGUCCACACUGGCUCCAUUUGGGACUUCGAACUUUACGUCCCAGAAAAACUUCAUCAGAGUCAUAUUGAUCGAUGGUGUAAGCACUUAUCAGAUAAGGGUAUUAGGACUUUGAAACUUAGUAACUCGGAAUGGAAUGGCUGCUCAAUUCCCUCAUACAUUUUUGAUUGUUCAGAGUUGACUCAGCUAAAACUUUCUAAGUGGUUCUUGAGUCCUCCCCAUAAAUCUGGAUGUUUCAGUAAUCUGAUUGAGGUUUCCCUUGUCGAUGUAGUGAUUACUUCUGAAAUAUCAUUUGGGAAUCAACUCCAGAAAUUGUACUUGCUACGAUGUAGAGGAAUCCAACAUUUAAGCUGCCAAUUCACCAAUAAUAACAAUCUGAGAAGGCUAGAUAUCUCGCGAUGUGAUACAAUGGAUUGGCGAUGCUUCAAUUACACAAACACACUGGAAGUCUUUACUCUCUUCACAUACCUCCCAAAUUUUAACAAGAAUAAACCUGUCGAUCUGAUCAAACUUCUUGGCAGUAGUCCGAGACUUAAAUCUCUUUCCCUUGUUGAUCUCACUCUGCAGGUUCUCGGACCAGCUCACUCUAUUUUGGAGCGGCUUACGACACAAAUGGUGAACUUGAAAAAAUUGAGGUUCAAUCUUGGACAUAAAUUGUGUGUGAUUUCAAGUAGCCUUUGUUUAAUCAGAAAUCUUCCAAACUUGCAAGUUCUUUGCGUAGCACUGGUACUUCCAGUGAAGACUUCAAAUCAUCCACAAUCAACAAUUGAACAUUAUCUUCGGAAAAAAGAAGAAGCAAUUGAACAUUAUUUGGAAUCAGUAGACUGGACUAAUGUUAUUCUGCACCAACUUCAAUUUGUUGAAAUUUUCGGUGAAGUGGGUUCAAGAUCUGUGCUACAUUUGAUAAAGCUCUUAGCUGCAUCUUCCCCUUCGCUUAGAGAUAUGACACUUGUCUGCAGGAAGCGAGAACACAGUUUCGAAGAAUUGUUCAUGAUGAAACAGGAAUUGCUGCGCGUACCUAGAAUAUCCCCACAAGCUCAAAUUGUUUGGCGUAUAUAGGAUGUUUAAUUUAAGAAAAAAACAUCUUUCUUCUUCUUGCUUUUUCUUGAUUAUUUGAAAGAUGGUGCUAGUCUUCAUCUUCAUGUA